GUCGAGUUAGUACGACUCGUGACGUCGCGGAAGUUGGUUGUUUGUUUUGUGGUGUUCGUGGUACCGUUUCGUUGGCGAUGUGAUCGGUUUUAAAAGUGACGUGCGUUCUUUCGUACACAUUAUUUCGCGUUUUAUAGCGGUUCGACGGUUUAUCGGCAUACCGAUAAUCUAUUAAAUGUAAACGCGGGGAACGCGGAAUACGUCCAUUUCCAAAUUUUGGCGUUAGUGUCCAUCACGUUCUCUCGUUACAAUUCGAUCAUUUAUUUAGCUGAAUUUUUUGAAAAGAAUCGUCCAAAAUACAUCGAAAUUCGUCUAUAGCGUCUAAUUGAAGUUCGAUAUCUAUCGAUGUCGUUACAACGUCUUAAAUCGAAUUGCAAGAAUAACGUUCGUCGAUCCUUGCUUCCGCGUUCGGAGUGUGGGAACAAUAUAAUAAAACGACACUUGAACACGUUUGGUCAUCUCAAUUAUUCGUGCUUCUAGUCGGAUGGUCAGUGUUUAACGGCGUGUCAAGCGGCUGGCUAAUUAAUUGCGUGUUGUACGAUCGGGACGACUAACAUUCGUCCCGAAUAUUUAGACAGGAGGCGUUACUAUUACUUAGGCUUCGAAAAACGGCAUUACGAUCUGAAGUUGACGCGGUCGUGCGCGCGCGCGUGAUCAGUUAUUCGAUUGUAAAAGAAUUUACGUCGUUACAAACGCGAUUCCUACGGCGAAAGUGAGCGACGGUAGUGUAGUAAGAGAGGAGAGUGGAUCGCAAAUAGAGAACAGAAACACGAAGGCGAGUUUUUUUCACGAGAGUCUUGGAAUCGGAGUGUUUCCAAUCGAGGACGAAAGAAAGAAGGCCGGUAAAACAUGUCGAGGCUGUUGAAAGGCGAACCGACGGGCGGUUAUAUCAUUGACUCUAUCGCAGAUCAUCGAAUGUAUUAACCCGGCCGCAAAUGACGCGUAUCGUGGCGUAAGCGAAGAAAAAAACGGUGGCGGAGGACGAGCACUGGACAUACAUUGGGAGAACAGUUUUUUGAUCUAACCAAAGAAAGAAAAGCAGGCCAGGCAUCGUGCCUCCCACUGUCUACCGGAAGUCAUAUGCCCAUACACGCGCGGAAAACGGUAAAUCAUCGUAGAAGCCAUCGGCUAUAACGAGCGUACACGUUUAUUUUGCAUUGGACCGAAGCACGCCUGCCCCUUCACCUCUGUUCGUUUUGUUUUCCUUGGUUCGCCUACCGUCAUUGUUUCGUCUUUUUUUUCAGCGUGCAGUUUUCGAGGAAAUCGAAAUGGUCGAGCUGUGCGGAAGCGGGCAACCGACUUCAGCGAUGGGAGUGAUGGGGAUCGGUUCGGUGGUGUCCGCGGCUACGUCGUCCUCGUCCUCGUCGACCACCACCACAGCGGCCUCGUCCUCGGCGUCCGGCCGUGCCGGGGUCUUAGAGACGCAAGUUCGUGGCCAGUGGUAUCGCGUGUUCGUCUCGUUGGAGGACGAUUAUCUGAGCAUCUCGUUGGACGAGAGCUGCGAGACGACGGGCAACAAUGCCCUGAACAACGGUAACAUAAAUAACAACAACGUGGACAGCCUGAACGAUCCGGACGUGCCGGACUCGGUGGCCAAUCAGAAACGUAUCGUGCGCGUGGUGAAAAGCGACAACAACGGUCUCGGGAUCUCGAUCAAGGGUGGGAAAGAGAACAAAAUGCCGAUCUUGAUCUCGAAGAUUUUCAAGGGGAUGGCCGCGGAUGCGACGGAACAGCUGUACGUGGGCGACGCUAUACUGGCCGUAAACGGGGAGGAUCUACGCGAGGCGACCCACGACGAGGCGGUGAAGGCGCUGAAGAGGGCCGGCAAGGUCGUCGAGCUUGAAGUGAAGUAUCUGAGGGAGGUGACACCGUACUUCAGGAAGGCGUCGAUCAUCCAGGAGGUGGGGUGGGAGUUGCAGCGCGGCUUUCUCAGCGCGACACCGCCGCCCCCGAAAUCACCACCGCGGGCGGAUACGCGUUAUCUGCCGCUGCAACUCUGCAGACUCACCAGGGCUCAUCCUUCCUCGGAUCCCGCGUUUCGUACAUAUAUAUAACAGUCCAAAAUAAAAAUUAUAAUUACAAUUACGUUAUAAUUGAAAUUUAUGUUACAAUAUUACGUAAUAAAAUCGAUAUGUAUGAACUGUGCUACUGGCUGUGUACACGAUAUACACAAGUCGACGAAAUCGGGAUGAAAAAACGCGAGGGAGUGGUGGCGGCCGAGUCGAGUCUGGCGCGGAUUCAAAAGGGUCUCGCGAGACUGGCCGGCCCGUAUCUCAACAAUCGCGUUGUCCGUCGAGAGGGUGACGCAGAAAUUCGUGGCAGCGUAUCGCGAUCGUGAAGAGGAAUUUGAAAAAGUUCCUCCCGCUGUAAGCGAACCGGCGGCAUUCUUCCCCGGGCACAAAGGGCUUCACGCUCGAGAAAUGCAUCUCGCGUCCAUUCCCAUCCGAUGUCGAGUUAUGCGACCGGGAUCCCGUCCCUCUUUUGUCGUAAACAACGAGAGAACAAAUAAAAAUCGACGAUUUUGUUUAUCAAUUUUUAUUUAUUCUUCCAUGUUCUCCGCUUGCUUCGGACAGCGUAGCAUCCAGUACCACUUUCUUCCUUUUGGAUUUUAUAGAAAUUUUAUAGAUAUAAAAUAUCUUUUUAUGUAUUAUCGAUGUAUACUUAUAUAAUAAAAUAUAUUUAUAUAUUU